CAGGGACGGUCAGCGGCCAAGUAGCUUACUAAGCAAUUACCCUGAAUGCGUCCGCUGACUUAGAAUUCUGUGUCAGCGGCUGACAAAAUAGGUUAGCACUUAAGUUUUCAGCUGUUUGUACUCAGCGCCGUCAGCGUUCUCGUCAUAACCUCACAAAAGAACUGCAAAGUGCAAACUCAUAUGCGAACUGCAUUAAAAAUAACCUAAACCUUUCACGCCAAAUAGUUAUUACUUGUAGACCAGUGUGCAGGACAAGAUGAACAAGGUAGUUAUUGUGGAAAAUUACGUCGUCGGUAAAAAUAAUACCAUACGGUUGCGGCCGGUACCCACACCUUCAACAAGUAAUUAUUUAAAUUACCAAAACGAUACUACAGUCGAUGAAAGUGAAGUUGAUGCGAUGUAUAAUGAAGAGAUCGAAUUAGAAGGUGGUGACACAAACAAUUUGGAUGCUGUGCAAGAUGCAGAAGCUAGUAAAGAAGGUGAAAAAUUUAGAUGGAGUCGCCAAAGCAUUCUGUUCUUCAUAGAUGAAUACGAAAAGUUAAUCGAAAAAUUUAGAAAUCCGAAGUAUAAAAAAAAAGAUCUGUGGAAUGAGAUCGCAGGGAAAAUGAAGAACAAAGGAUAUACAGUGUCAUCUGACGCACUUGAUAAAAAAAUGCGUAAUAUGCGUAGUACCUACAUAAAAAUUUUAGAUAAUAAUAAGACUAAGGUCGCUACAGGUAGAGGUAGGAUAGCAUGGGAAUAUUUCGAUCGCUUCGAGGAAGUA